GGGUGGGGGAGAUAAGGGCCGCUUGAGAUCCCCACAUGACCUCACCAGAUAAGGCGAGGGGAGGGAGGACAUAGGACCACGAUGCGCAGUGGAGAAGCUGUGACUGGAGACUGUUAGAGGGGCUGGGGAGCGGCGGUCAGAAAGCAGGCGAGCUUUGGGUCUCGGUUUUCAGUAGGGUGGCUGGAGCUGGUUGCUCUUCAGUUCGGUGGACAGUCUUGAGGGCACCGCAGCCACGUAGGGAUCCUAAGAAGUGGGUGAGGUCUGGGUGUGUGACGGGUGUGCAGCCCAGCAGGGCUAUGAAGUCCCAACACUCCCCAGAGAACGCGGCCAGGGAGAGGAGCCGUGUACGUAACCUCCGCCAGGCCUUCCACAGCCUGCAGGCAGCCCUGCCCUCCGUCCCCCGUGACACCAAGCUCUCCAAGCUGGACGUCCUGGUCCUGGCCACCGACUACAUCGCCCAUCUUACUGAGACCCUGGACCAGGGCGGGGCUCUCUCUGAACUCAAAGUGCCCCCCAGGGCAGGGGGAUACCUCCACCCAGUCAAGAAGUGGCCGAUGCGCUCCUUGCUGUACUGUGGGAGUGUGGGAGCACUGCUGUCAGCCAAUCAGAAGCCAGCGUCAGGGGAGGAGGACACAAAUCAUCUGACCCCUACCCCAGAGGUCGACAUGGACCAAUCCGUUUAGGACUAGGAGCGUUGAAAUACAAUAUAUCCAACUGUGAUGCUUAUGAAACUGCAGCGAAUGGCAAUGUAAUGUAUGUGCUGAACACAGAAACACCUCGAACAAUGUCAAGAUAGAAAUCAAAUACACCAAAAUCAAAGGAUCGCUUUCUUAUUUAUUACAGAAGCAUAAAACAUAAAUCACUACUUUGGAGAAAAGUGUGCGAAAUAUUUGUUAGGGACAGAUCUACAUUUACUGGGGGGGGGGGGGCUGGUCCAACUCAAGGUGUCAGAAAAAAAUAAAUGCACCCCCUCCCAAAGAAAAAAUAUUUUCACAUGACCCUCCCAUUGUACUGUAAAAUAAAUUGAACACCCUUCCCUCUCGUAGAAUUAACUCUAAAUUAUUAUUACCACCAAAAAUAAAUACUGUGUUUAUAAACGGGGAUAUCGACUUUGCCAUUUUAGCAUGCUUUUGUGGCACAGUCGAUGCCAUGCAGGGCUACGGGCCAGAAGGUUGAGGUUUCACCGACUAACACAGAUGAGUUCACUCUCCCUGCCCGUUUCAUUACACUACGAUCAGAGCUGACUGCAGAUAAUGAUCAGCUAGGGGGAAAUCAGAUUUUCAACAGUUUUGAUGCCAUAGUUAUAAUUAUAUAAAAUAUAUAUGCUAUGAACUUUCCACCAACAGGUUCCUGUGCCAAUGCACCACACAACCGAUAAACAAAGCAUACCGACUUCGGCCACUUCAAUGUUAGGGCUGCACACAAUUGGCCCAUCGACGUCCGGGUUAGGGUUUGGCCGGGGUAGGACGUCAUUGAAAAUAAGAAUUUGUUCUUAACCGACUUGCCUAGUUAUUAAAUUAAUAAAUAAAGAUCAUGGUUUCCAUUUUCAAACAAUAAAUAAUCGACAAACAGAAAAUUCCCCACUUUACUUUGUAGGCUUAUCCAGAUUCGAUGGCUUGGCUUGACAAUCUCCGAAUGUCAUUCAACUUUUUGGUGUUUUGUAACAGAUGUCUCUUUCCAUUCAGCAAUUGGCAGCUGCACAGUUUGGAUUGAUUUAUCAUUCAAUGUUGUUUGUCAGUAAAAAAAAUACACAAAGAUUUUAAAAAAGUGACCCGGACUGCACAAUAAAGUCAGACUUAUUUCCA